AUGAAAAAAAAGACUAUUCUUUGUAUUUGUUUAUCGUCCGCUUCUUUGACUUUUUAUAAAUUGUCUUCAUAUAGAGCACGAUAUCUCCAUUCUCUCUCUCCCUCCCCUCUCUCUCUCUCUCUCUCUCUCUCUCUCUCUCUCUACAUUGCAGUCAGCGUGAUUUUUGUUACAUCCCAAUUGAUCAUUUUCCGCUCAACUUUCAUGAUGGCCUCAUUCUGUUUUUACCUUCAUCAUCAGCAACAUCAUCAACGGUGCCUUUCUUUGACUAAGACUUUUAACUCUUUCUCUGAUUCCUUUGGAAGCGACAUUAUAAUCUCGCCCAUCACGAGAAAACCAUUUCCUUCUUCGUCCCUCGCAUCUUCUCCCCUUCUUCCCCUCCUCCUCCUCCCCAUCCUCCUCCUCCCCAUCCUCCUCCUCCCCUCCUCCUCCCUCCCCCUCUUCUUCUACUUCUUCUACAAAGUUUUUAUUGUUUAUAGUCUCAUCUCCUCUCGUCCUCUCCUACACUCUUCUUCUUCUUCUUCUUCUUCUUCCUCUAACCUCUCCUCCUCUUUCUUCUUCUUCUUCUUCUUCUUCUUCUUCUUCUUCUUCCCCUUUUCUUCUUCUAUAAAGUAUUAUUUAUUGUUUAUCAUCUCAUCGUCUCCAUUACAUUUUUCCUCACACUUCUUCAAAGUAUUAUUUAGCGUUUAUAUUCUUAUCCGCUCCUCCUCCUCCUCCUUCUUCUUCUUCUUCUUCUUCUUCUUGACUCAAUAUUUCUUUUCUUCUGUGGUUCGACAAGAACAACAAAUAUCUUUCUGCAGACUCUUCAUCUUUUUUUGUAUAGGAACACGGCUGACGUCAAUUCUUACCAUUUGUUGA